CACAAUAGCAGCGAGAGGAAAAGAGAAGGACGGGGGAAAAGAGAGAGCUCUGACAAAGACUGGAACAAGUAGGUCUUAGGGAGAAAAUAGGUCUUCUUUCUUUGAUUCCCUGCUCAGUUCCUUUUUCGCCUCGCUCGCCGCUGCAUGAUCCGUUCGCCGCUCCGCAGCUUUUCGGAUACUUUUCGGCCAACAACUCGGCGCUCACAUUUCGGACUGCGGCGUUAAAUGAAUACCAACAACCAACACUUUUGUUUACGAUGGAACAACUAUCAAGCAAACAUGACCUCCGUUUUCCACCAGCUCCUGACGGAUGAAGCCUUCGUGGACGUCACCCUCGCCUGCAAUGAGGAAACCCUCAAAGCACACAAGGUGGUCCUGUCGGCAUGUUCGCCGUACUUCCAGAAACUGUUACUGGACAACCCAUGCAAGCACCCCGUUAUCAUCCUCCCUCAGGAGGUGAGUUUCCUUGACCUGCAGUUCAUCAUCGACUUUGUGUACCGCGGUGAGGUGGACGUCAGUCAGGAGGAGCUGCAGAGUUUGCUGCGAACGGCCGAGCAGCUCAAAAUCAAGGGUCUGUGCGACGUGGCCGCCCGCGAGAUGGGCCACCGCGGCCACGCCAAAGUCAAGUACUCGACGUUCAAACGCAAAUUGCACGAGCCGGAGCCCAUCGAGUACUACAAAUCAUCCAACUCGGAGAUGGACGACGAGUAUGAAGACGACGACGUGGACGUCGAGGACGACUAUGAAGACGACAUGGAACCCAAAAACUACAGCAGGAAGGAGCCCUUAAUCGACGUCAACGCCAACUCAACACAACAGAAGUCGCACGAGCCACCCAUCAGCAGAUUGGACGACCCGCCACCUCUUAAGCCAAAGGAAGAGAAUCAUCAGCAAGCAAUGAUGAUCACCCCAGAACUCCUUGGUCUCAUUCCAACCUCCGCCCUGAACAACCUGCAUAGUAAAACAGUUUCCAGCGAAAACGAGUUGACGUCGACGCACAAAACGACAAAACACUGGACGCAGGAGGACAUGGAGUUGGCGCUGGAGGCGCUGCGCUCGCAGACCAUGAACCUGACCAAGGCGUCGGCCACCUACGGCAUCCCCUCCACCACCCUGUGGCAGCGAGCCCAUCGACUGGGGAUCAACACCCCAAAGAAGGACAACGCGGCCAAGACGUGGAGCGAAGCGGAUCUUGAGGUGGCCCUCAAAGAGCUGCGCGCGGGCAGAAUUUCGGCCAAUCGCGCCUCCAAGCAGUACAACAUCCCCAGCAGCACGCUUUACAAGAUAGCGCGGAAAGAGGGCAUCAAACUGUCAGCGCCCUUCAACGCCUCCCCCACCUCUUGGAACUCCGACGACCUUUCACGGGCCCUGGAGGCAAUUCGAAGAGGGGCCUCCGUCCAGAAAGCCGCGUCCGAGUUUGGAAUUCCGUCCGGGACUCUUUACGGAAGGUGCAAGCGCGAAGGCAUUGAGCUCUGCAAAAAUACCCCUGUGCCCUGGAGCCACACGGACAUGUCCGAGGCGCUCGAGGCGGUCCGCGUGGGCGACAUGUCCAUCAACCAGGCGGCCAUCCACUACAACCUGCCCUACUCAAGUCUCUACGGCCGCUUCAAGAGGGUCAAGUUUGACGACAACAAGAUGGACUACGAUGUGUUCACCAAUUGCUCCAGUGAUCCACACUGACCCUGGUUAAAUUUUUAAUUCCUCUUUUCGAGAAGAGGAGUUAGUGACAAAAAUCCAUCUCAAUUUUUUGUAUUCCAAGUGUGUAUUGUAUUAUAUUCCGUGUAAAUAAUGCUAGAUUUUUUACCUAGGUCAUAAUUAAUGUAAGUUUCUUCAGUGGUUUAAAUUAAAUUACAUCUUGUAAAUAAACAUCUGCUGUUACGCAUCAUCCAGUUUUGAAAUUGAACUCUAUUGUGUUCGAUAUCUCUCUUUUGUUAUAAAAAUUGUGAGACAAAUAAAUUUAAGACAA